ACAGCCCCUCCUACCUGCCCGUCAUGGCGCUGCGCUUCUCGGCCAACCUGUCGUGGCUGUUCCCGGAGCUGCCGGCUCUACCGGCCCGGCUGGAGGCGGCGGCUCGUGCCGGGUUCGAUGCGGUGGAGUCGGCCUGGCCCGAGGGCUGCCCGGCCACAGCGCUGCACGGCGCCGCAGAGCGGGCUGGGCUGCGGGUCGUGCUGCUCAACACCCCGCCCGGGGACACGGAGCGGGGCGAGAUGGGGCUGUGCGCCGUGCCCGGGCGGCAGGACGCCUUCCGGCAGGGUCUGGCCGAGGCCGUGCGGUACGGCCGGGCCGUGGGCUGCCACAGGAUCCACCUGAUGGCCGGGCGGGUGCCGCGGGGUGUGGAGCGGGAGGCAGUGGCUGGUGAGAUGGAGGCCACGUUCAUUGAGAACCUCAGGCAUGCGGCUGAUGUCCUAGCUCAGGAGGACAUGCUGGGGCUGGUGGAGCCGAUUAACAGCCGUAUCACUGACCCGCGCUACUUUCUGAACACCCCACACCAAGCUGCUGCCAUCCUGGAGAAGGUGGGACGACCCAACCUGAAGCUGCAGCUGGACUUCUUUCACUGUCAGAUCAUGGAUGGGAAUCUGUCACGUAACCUGGAGACGUACCUCCCACUCAUUGGUCAUAUCCAGAUCGCACAGGUGCCAGGGCGACACGAGCCCGACAGCCCUGGGGAGCUGAACUUCCCCUAUAUCUUCAAGCUGCUGGAGUCCCUCGGCUACACUGGCUACGUGGGCUGUGAGUACGCACCAAAAGGAGACACGGUAGAAGGUCUUGGCUGGCUGCGUUCAUACUGGGAGAGCAGAGGCAUGAAACCUGGCGGGCCCAGAAAAGCAACAGAAUAAAGUAAGAAAAGCACUGGAAUAAAUGUCAAACCAAUGAGCCUAAAA